GGCCGCAGCCGCAGCCGCAGCCGGGGCCGAGCCCAGCGCAGCGCAGCGGGAGAUGGAGGCCGAGCCGGCAGAGCCGGGUCCCCCCGCGCCGCCGCCGCCUCCACCUCCGCCGCCGCUCCCGGAGAGGAAGAAGAAGCCGCAGCGGGCGCCGUCGCCCGCCCGCCCCAAGGAGGUGCCCGGCUGGUCGCUGGCCAAGAGCCGGCGCGGCGGCCCCGGGGGGCACCCGGGCGCGGCCCCGCGGCUGUCGGCGGGCGGAGCGCACCCGCACCCGCACCCGCGGCGGGCGGGCGGCAAGGACGGGCGGCCCGAGAAGCGGGGGGCGGCGGGGGCUCGCCCCGGCGGUAAAGGGCCGGCGGGGCGCGGCGCGGCGCGGCCGAAGGGCCGGCGGCACGGAGCCGACACGGCGGCCCCCGGGGCGCGGAGAACGGCGUCGGCGCCCGGCUCGGUGCCGGCGCCCGGGCCGAGCUCCGGGCUGACCGACAGCAGCUCGGAGGUGUCGGACUGCAGCGCCUCGGAGGAGGCGAAGCUGCUCUCGCUGGAGCUGGGGCUGAGCGGCAGCGAUGGCGAGUCCCCCGGCAGCGCCCCGCCGCCGCCGCCCUCGGCCGGGGAGGCGUCGCCGCUGCCCGAGGAGCCCUCGGUCGCCUCCGUGGCCAGCAGCCGCCUGCAGCUCAGCACCUCGCUCGCCUUCUCCGACCUCACCGAGGAGCUGCUGGACGCCGGCACCGACGGGCUGCUCCGCGAGCUGGAGGACCUGCGCUCCGAGAACGACUAUCUCAAGGAUGAGAUCGAGGAGCUGCGCGCCGAGAUGCUGGAGAUGAGGGAUGUCUACAUGGAGGAGGACGUGUACCAGCUGCAGGAGCUCCGGCAGCAGCUGGACCAGGCCAGCAAGACGUGCCGCAUCCUGCAGUACCGGCUGCGCAAGGCCGAGCGCCGCAGCCUGCGCGUGGCACAGACCGGCCAGGUGGACGGAGAGCUCAUCCACAGCCUCGAGCAGGACGUCAAGGUGGCCAAGGACGUCUCUGUGCGGCUCCACAAUGAGCUGGAGGUGGUGGAGAAGAAGAGGAUCAGGCUGGAGGAGGAGAACGAGGACCUGCGCCAGCGGCUCAUCGAGACCGAGCUGGCCAAACAGGUGGUGCAGAACGAGAUGGACAAGCUCCGAGAGAAUUCCCUCAAGAAACGGGGGUCUCGCUCCCUUGGGAAGACAGAGAAGAAGCCAUCAGUGCAGGAGGACAGCGCAGACCUGAAGUGCCAGCUGCAUUUUGCCAAGGAGGAGUCGGCCCUGAUGUGCAAGAAGCUGACCAAGCUGGCCAAGGAGAAUGAUGGGAUGAAGGAGGAGCUGCUGAAGUACCGGUCCCUGUACGGGGACCUCGACAGCUCCCUCUCCGUGGAGGAGCUGGCUGACUCUCCCCAUUCCCGCGAGGCCGAGCUGAAGGUGCACCUCAAGCUGGUGGAAGAGGAAGCCAACAUCCUCAGCCGGAGGAUAGUGGAGCUGGAGGUGGAGAACCGCGGGCUGCGGGCGGAGAUGGACGACAUGAAGGGCCAGGGGGACAGGGAGCUGCCGGGGCAGGACACGCGGUUCCUGGUGGGCAUCUCGAGCUGCGGGGACGGAGGGGACACGGUGGCGGAGCUGCGCCGGCACCUGCAGUUUGUGGAGGAGGAGGCCGAGCUGCUGAGGCGCUCGCUGCUGGAGCUGGAGGACCAGAACAAGCUCCUGCUGAACGAGCUGAGCAAGUACAAGUCGGACCACGAGCUGGACGUGACGCUGUCGGAGGACAGCUGCUCGGUGGUCAGCGAGCCCUCGCAGGAGGAGCUGGCCACGGCCAAGGUGCAGAUCAGCGAGCUGAGCGGGAAGGUGAAGAAGCUGCAGUACGAGAACCGCGUGCUGCUCUCCAACCUGCAGCGCUGCGACCUGGCCUCCUGCCAGACCACCCGGCCCAUGCUGGAGACCGACGCCGAGGCCGGAGACUCGGCACAGUGCGUCCCCACCGUUGGCUGGAGGGACGGCACGGGCGGCGGCGAGGCCGACGGGCAGGACAGGGUGCCUGGCAACGGGAAGGUGCUCGAUGGCCCCGCCAAGGUGCUCAAGCCCAAAGACCUGGAGACUUUGCUGGGCAUCAGGGACCAGGCGACGCUCGUCAGCAAAGCGAUCGACGUCUUAAUUUCGGAUGCCAACGGCUUCACCUCCGGGCUGAAGGCUUGCUUGGACAACGAGUGCGCGGGGGUGCUGCUGGGCGAGGCGGUGGGCAGUGGUGGUGAGAGCCCCAGCGACGCCAAGCUGAUGAACGUGCUCCUCAUGCGGCUGGGAGUGCUCCAGCAGGACCUGGGCUGCCUCGUGAGGAAGGUGGACCACCUCACCGGCGGCAUCAAGGAGCACACAGACUCUUUCCCCUUCUCCAGCCCCAGCAGCCACGACGUCACCAAAGAGGGGUUGCAGAAGGACCAUUCCUCCGACUUCCAGCAGCCUGAUUUUAGGGACGCCGACCCUUUCCGCAUCCCCCACGCCAAGGACACGGACCCCACACAUCCCCGGAGCUACAAAACCUGCCGGCCUGAGGAGAACGACUCCUACGCCACCGAGAUGAAGGAGCUGCAGCUGGUGCUGUCAGAGGCCAACGAGAGCCUGCGGGGGCUGCAGGAGCAGCUCUCGCAGGAGAGGCAGCUGAGGAAGGACGAGGUGGACAACUUCUCACAGAAGAUCUGCCAGCUGAAGGAGGACCACCAGAAAGCGCUGCUGCGGCGGGAGUUUGAGCUGCAGAGCCUGAACCUGCAGAGGCGGCUGGAGCAGAAGUUCUGGAGCCAGGAGAAGAAUCUGCUGGUGCAGGAGUCACAGCAGUUCAGGCAGAGCUUCCUUCUGCUCUUCAUGAAGCUCAAGUGGUUCCUCAAGCGCUGGCGCCAGGGCAAGAUGGUGCACAGUGAGGGCGAGGACUUUUUGGAGGUGAACAGCAUGAAGGAGCUGUACCUGCUGCUGGAGGAGGAGGAGCUCGCCCCACAGCAACAGGCAGACAACAAGAUGUGUGCUGGGGACACCUGGACCCCCAACACACCCAACGAGUGCAUCAAGACUCUGGCCGACAUGAAGGUGACCCUGAAGGAGCUGUGCACGGAGCUGCGGGAGGAGCGGCGCGGGGCCAGCGAGCUGCAGCAGCAGUUCACCAAGGCCAAGGCUGCCUGGGAGAUGGAGCGCGCCGAGCUCAAGUGCCACAUUGCCCAGCUGGAGUCAAAGGCAGGCAAAGGGAUCGCAGAGCGAGCGCUGCCGGACUGGAAGGUGGCACUGAAGAGGGAGCGUGAGGAGCACCAGCAUCUCUUGGCAGAGUCCUACAGCGCCGUCAUGGACCUCACCAAGCAGCUGCAGAUCAGUGAGAAGAACUGGAACCAGGAGAAGGUGGAGCUGCUGGCUCGCUUCAAGGAGGAGCAGCAGCAGGCAGAGCAGCAAGCAAAGGACCUGCAGAACAAACUCAACCAGUUGCAGAAAGGAUCCAACCCGUGGGCAUUGAAGCACUCGGAAAUGGAGAAGCACGGCAGCAACUGGAAAGAGGCUCUCAAUGAGAAAAUCACAGACAAGGAGACAAUCUCUGAAACAGAAGCCAAGGGAACCAACCUCAAAAGGACCAAGUCAGUUUCCUCCAUGUCAGAGUUCGAAAGCUUGCUCGACUGUUCUCCCUACCUCCCUGGAAAGACCGUGCCAGGGCUGGGUGACCAUGCCCGGGGCAAAAAAUCAUCCUCAGCCACCCAGCUGCUGCCCAAUGGGAUCCGGGACAGUGCCAGUGUUCCUCCCUCCAACUGUACAUAUGUGAAUAUUGAACAACCCGCCCCCGACAGCCUGGCCAAGGAGAAGCUGGACGUAUCCUCCUGGGACUACUCUCGGGCAAGCAGCCUCUCCGGGCACGACCCAGCCCACAAACAAAUACAGAGGAGCUACACGGCGCCCGACAAGACCGGGAUCCGCAUCUACUACAGCCCGCCGGUGGUGCGGCGGCUGGAGGCGCCUCUGGUGCACAACAAGGAGGGCAAGAUCAUGAUCGAACCCGGGUUCUUGUUCACCAUGGCCAAGCCAAAGGAGCCGGAGGAGUCGGCCAGCACCGAGGGCACCUACAGCCAGUGGCUGUGCAACUUCUCCAAGCAGCAGCGGGAGCUGCUGGACGGCGGCACGGUGGAGGGCGCGGUGCCGCCGGUGCCGCGCUUCCCGCCGGCGCUGCACGACCUGGAGAUCUCGGGCAACAUGAGCGACGACAUGAAGGAGAUCACCAACUGCGUGCGGCAGGCCAUCCGCUCCAGCUCCCUCGAGAGGAAGGUGAAAAGCACCUCCAGCCAGACGGUGGGGCUGGCCCACGUGGGGACACAGACCAUCCAGACGGUGAGCGUCGGCCUCCAGACCGACCUCCCGCGCGGCGCCGGCGUGCACAGCAAGAGCUGGUCCCCGCGCAGCUCCUCCCUCGUGUCCGUGCGCAGCAAGCAGAUCUCCUCCUCCCUGGAUAAGGUCCACUCCAGGAUCGAGCGGCCGUGCUGCUCCCCAAAAUACGGCUCUCCGAAGCUCCAGAGGAGGUCUUCCUCCAAGCUGGACGCCUCCAAGGACAGGAGCCUGUGGAACUUGCACCAGGGUAAGCAGAAUGGCUCCGCCUGGGCCCGCUCCACCACCACCCGCGACAGCCCCGUCCUCAGCAACAUCAACGACGGCUUGUCCAGCUUGUUCAGCGUGGUGGAGCACGCGGGCAGCACCGAGUCCAUCUGGAAGCCGGGCUGCCCUGAGAGCAGCCGGGCCAAGCCUGAAGCACCCAAGUAUGGCCUUGUGCAGGAGUUCUUCAGGAAUGUCUGCGGGCGGGCACAGAGCCCCACCACCCCCCAGGAGAAGAAGGAGGCCGCUGGGGAGGAGGGCAGCAAGAGAGCCGAGCACCCCAGCGCCGUCACCCACCACCCAGCUGAAAACAUCUCCCGCGUCCUGAACAAAAAGGUCCUCAAGCAGAGCAGCUGCGAGGACCCCAAGCCCUCGUCCCCCGGGCAGGGCAGUAAGGACACAGCCCUGCGGGACCCCGACCUCAUCUCGGCCUUAGCCAGCGAGGACACGGCGUGUGACUGCAGCUCCCAGUCCCUCACCUCCUGCUUCGCCCGGCCGUCCCGCUCCGCCGUCCGCCACUCCCCCUCCAAGUGCAAACUGCACCCCGCGGACCCCCCCAGGGCGGAGGAGAAGCCGGGGGCCUCGACCUGCAAUGUAAAACCAAGUGCAUUUUAAAAAUACCGAAAUGAGCUACAUUGGAGAGGCACCAAUUGGAUUAAGAGAUUGUGGGUUGGGAGGCUGCAGCGUGGCCCGUGGUCUGCGCUGCACAUCCUUCUGUCACCACCAGAAAAAGCCUUACCCGAGGAGGGAGGGGGCAGCAGCCACAGCCCCCACGGCAGUGCAGAGCUCCUGGGGCUGGGGGGCUGUGACCCAGCCCCACACAGAGCAGCGUUGGUUCUUCUGUGCAGCUCCAGGAGAGAGCAGAGAUUUCUGAGGCAGCUGCCUGACCUAUUUUCAAGCUGCCUGUCAGGGGCCAGGCAGGGAUUCACCCAGAUGGAGCUGCCUGCAGGUGCCUGUGGAUCCUGGGGCUCUGUGCAUUUCUCUAGGGCUGUGUACACUGCUCCAAGGGCUCCAUGCACUGUUCCAAGGGGCUGUGUACCCUGCUCCAGGGGCUCUGUGUGCUGCUUCAAGGGCUCUGCAUUGCUCCGGAGCUCUGUACACUGUUCCAGGAGCUCCAUGCACUGCUCUAAGGGCUCUGCAUUGCUCUGGGCCUCUGUACACUGUUCCAGGAGCUCCAUGCACUGCUCUAAGGGCUCUGCAUUGCUCUGGGCCUCUGUACACUGCUUGUGGGGCUCCAUACACUGCUCCAAGAGCUCUGUGUGUUGCUCUGGGGCCGUGUACGCUGCUCCAAGGGCUUUGUAGACUGCCCCAGGACCUCUGUACGCUGCUCCAAGGGCUCUGUGCAUUGCUCUGGGGGUGUUUACACUGCUCCCAGGGCCUCUGCACAUUGUCAUCCUGCAGUUCCACUUACAAACUGCUCGUGCUGCCGAGGCUGCUGCCCUCUCCCGUCCAGCCCAGCCGCUCUCUGCCCGCAGCAGCAGCAGCAGCAGGGCUGCAUCACUGCCACGUCGCAGCCUCCGUCAGCACCUCCGCGACGGCCACUCACUGCCUGUGUCUCCAGACACAAACCAGCAUCAGCCAGGGCUCCUCAGGCCCAGCACCGAUGGCCUUUUGCUCCUGGCCCCACAGGGACCCUCGUCACGCGGGUGGGGGACGCACAGGGCAGGUGCCACCCACCCUCACCAGCAGCCGGGGCCGGGCGCUGUCCCUGCCUUGCCAGGGAGCAGUCGGGUCUCUGUCCCACAGCACUGCCACGGGCGAUCUCCUGCUGUACAUAGAUCCUUUCGGGGUGGUUUUUAGCAUUUUCAUUGAUAAAUUGGGGUUUUGGUUUUGUUUGGUUUUGGUUUUGGUUUGGUUUUUUUUUUUUUUUAAAGACUCCUCUACUUUUGGAAUGUGGUUUCUCAUUUUUACAACUGCCUUUUAAUUAUUUGUAAUAUUGGUCGGUUCUGUCUUACUCUGUAAAUAGCAGUGCUGGGCAUUUCCCAGGGAGGCUGAGCCGAGGCUGGCAAGGGAUUUGUCGGGAAAAUUUGAGGUGUGGAGGUGGCUGAUUCUACCCCAGCCCCUGCAUGGACUCUGCCCUGUCCUCCCCAUAUGCCAGUGCCCAACCUGGGGUGAAGCCCGAGGUGUUUUGGGCAAAGCCACGCUUGCCCCUGCCCUGUCCUCCUGCCUCCUCUCACCAGCCCAUGCCAAGGUCGCAUGAAGGGCACCUUGUGCUCCGAUGACAGGCUCCCUGCCCACCCUGUCCUGCACCCCUGUAUCAUGCCUGCUUGUUGUGUGAUGAAUAAAGGUCCUGCAACCCCUCACCCACACCCUUGGUGCUGCCUUCCCGUGCUGGGGGGGGAACCAUGCUGCAGAGGGAGAUGUGGGGUGAUGCAUCCUGUCCCUCUGUCCCCACCAUCCUGCCUGAUGCCCAGCCCACACACGGUGUCUCAGCCUCUCCUCACCCACCCCUCUCUCCCUGACACCAUCCCCGUGUGCUGACCCCACCUGUGCCACAGCACCAGGGCUUCUUGUUACCCACCUGUGGGUGGGUCCUCCAUGGCCUCACUGACAGUGCUGUCACCCCACACCAGGCUCCUCUCAGCUUUGCAUUGUUUGUGUGGUGCUGCUGUUUCUCAUGUCCCGUCCCAGCCUGCCCAGCUCACCCCAGCCUGCACACACCCCCCACAGCCCCUUUCCCAUCACUGCCCGUGGCUUCUUGUCCUUGUGCCCCUCGGUUGGACUCCAUGAGCUCAGAGGUCUUUUCCAACCUUCAUGAUUUUGUGAUUCUCUGAUCACCUGCAGGUCCCAGCCUCGUCCAAGGCUCACUCCAUUAAACUGUCCCUCCCUGAGGUCUUUCAACACCCACCGUGACCCACCUCUCUUUCUUUUGCUCCUCCAUCAUCUUUCAUGUCCUAUCCCUUUUGUCCCUGCCCUUUCAUCCCUGCUCUUUGAUCCCUUAUGUCCCAUCCCUCUUUAUUCCACUCUUUCAUCACCCACCUAACCCAGCCCAGCCCUCCUUCCUGUCAUCCUCCAUCACCCUCCACCCCAUUCCUCCUUCCUGUGCUCCAUCACCUACCACAUCCCAUCCCUUCUCCUGUGUGCCUCCUUUUAUGUCCCACCCGUCCUUCUGCUGCUCCUCCAUUGUCCACCCAUCCCUCCUUCCUGUGCUGUCACCCAGUGUGUCCCAUCCCGCCCUGCCACCCUCCUCCAUCACCCACCAGGUCCCAUCUUUCCUUUCUGUGCUCCUCCAUCAGCCACCAUGUCCUGUCCCUCCUUCCUGCUCUCCUGCAUCCUCCAUCAUGUCCUAUCCCUUCUUGUGCUCCAGUCACUUGUGACCUCCUAUCCCUCCACAUCCCACCUCUCCUUCCACAUGUUCCAGAGUGUGCUAUCAGCUGUGUCCCAUCCCUCCCUGCCAUGCUAUGCUCUUCCAUUACCCACCAUGUGCCCUCCCACUCUCCCUGCAUCCUACACUACAUCUUCUCCCUCCUUGUUCUUCUCCACCACCCACCAUCUCCGACCCCUGCUUCCUGUGCUCCUCCGUUGCCCUCCAUAUCCACCUUCCAGUCUUCCUGUCACAUUUGCAUCCCAUCCCUCUCACCUGCUCCUCCUUCAUUCACCACACCCCAUUUCUUGUUAUCCUCAUUCACCUCCAUCAUCUCCUCAUGUCCUCUCUUCCUUCUUCACCUCCACCCUGUGCUAUCCAUCCUCAUCCUGCUUUGCCUCCAGCUUUCCAUAUUCAUGUCAACAUCUCACCAUCUCUUCUUCAGCUCCCACCAUCAGUCUUCUACAUCUUACCAUCAUCUUGUCCCUGCUUAUCCUCCAUUAGCUCCCACCUCCACCCCAUGUUCAACUUCUUCCACUCUUCAUCUUCUCCACACCUUUCUUCAUUCUCUUCUAUCUCUUCCUAUCUCCUCACUCAACUUCCUCCACUUCCCCAUCCCAAAAUCCACCCUCACCCCCCACCAUUUCCCCAUCCCCUCAACUGCGUCACCCAAAUUUGCCUUCUCCUCCUCCACCCUCACAUUUCCAAUCCCCCCUUGUGCUAUUUUCCACCAUCUCCUCAUCCAUCCUACUCCACUGCCCUCCAGUCUUUAUCUUCUUCUAUCCCUUAGAUGUCCCUUCAUCACUCCUGUCAUUUUCAUCCAUAUCCCAGUCUCCUCAUCCUUUCUGUUCUCCAUCUCCUCUCCCUCCUUUUCCUCCACCACCUGCCAUAUGUCCAGUCUCUUCAUCCUCCCCAGCCUCUCUUUUCUUCUUCUUUGUCCUUUCUACCAUCUCCCAUACCUUCUCCCUCAUCCUCCAUCUCAUACUUCUUAUUCCUCCACCUCAAUCUCUCUGAGUCUCUCCUUCCUGUGACCCUCCACCUCCCAAUGUCCUUUUUCCUGCUGUUUCACCUCUUGGCCUGUCCCUUUCAUACUUUACCUCUGGCUAUCUCACCAUUCCUUGUCAUUUGCCUCCACAGCCUCCAUUUCUUCUCAUGCUCCUCCACCUCCCCCUAUCUUCCCAUCCCUCCUUAUCCCCUAAGUGUCCUGCCUACCUCACAGAUUUCCCCUCCACCCCCUCCCUAUUCCUUCCUUAGCUCACAGCUUCCUCUCUCACUGUCCUUUCGUUCUCCUUUAUCUCCCACUCCAUCCUUACCUCCAAUUUUCUCCCAGCCUGGCUUCUCCCAUUUGUCCUCUUCUCCAUCCUCCCUGCACUCUUUUACUCCCAGCACAUCUGACUGCAGCUGCAAUUUUCUGCUUCCCUUCCUCCUUCCCCUGUCUUGUAUCCCAUUCCUUCCUGACCCGGGAAGGCCACCACCAGCUCAGCCACCCCUGAUGCAAGCAGGAAGGGCCCUUCCUGACAUCAGGAAACACUUCUCCCUAGGGCUAGUGAAGCUGGACCUGGUCACUGGGGAAAGGGGAGGAUCUCUGCCGUUGGAAGGUUUCAGUUACUCAGCUAGAUAAAGUCACCACUGCCCUGAUUUAGCAUUAGCAAUAACUAUCUUGGAACAUGGAGCUCGACCAGAUUCCCCUGGGAUCCCUUCGUGCACGCACGUCUUUGGGAGACUUCCCCAAGCAGUGAAGGAUUUCCAACAGGGACAAGACAUGGCUUUGAAUGCAUCACUUGGGAUGCUGCAGGACAUGAGGAACUAUCCCUGCUACUUGCAGUGGCUCCAUGGUGCUCAAGCAGGACCAUCCCAUGGUGCUCAAGCAGGACCAUCCCAUGGUGCUCUAGCAGGACCAUUCCAAUACUAAAGGAGGACCAUCCCACACUGCUGAAGCAGGACCAUCCCAUGCUGCCUGAGCAGCACCAUCCCACACUGCUCAAGUUAGCCACCUUGUGCAUCUUGAGCAGGAUCACCAGCCUGCUUGAGCAGGACCAUCCCACCUUGCUUGAGCAGGAAUACCCCAGCAGGACCAUUCCAUGCUGUUCUAGCAGGACCACCCUAAUGCUGCUCCAGCAGAACCAUCAUUCUCAUUGAGCAGGACCAUCCCACACUGCUUGAGCAGCAGCACCCUGUGCUGCUUGAGCAGGACCUAUCCAGGCUGCUUGAGCAGGCUCAUCCAAUGUGGUGGAGCAGAACCUUCCCAUGUUGCCCAAACAGGACCACCCCAUGUCAUUUGAGCAGAACCAUUCCAGGCUGUUCAAGUAGAACUAUCCCAAGGCUGCUUGAGCACCAUGGGCCAGGCCGAAGUGGCUUCCUAAAAGACUGCCAGCUCCCAGGCCAGUGAGCUAUCCCUGAGAUGUUCCCUCAGACCCUAGAGCCAGGGAUCCUUGCGUCAUCUUUGGUUUCCUUCCCUCGGGUUGGUCCAUGCAGAGCCAUGGCCAUCCCCUUCCAAUGGCCUUGUGGCUGCUCUAGGGCACAGGGCUGCUGGCACUGCUGCCCAGGGAAGGACAGGUCUCCUCUCCAUCCCAAGGAGCCCCAUACCCUGAGGGGCCUGCACGCAGGGCCUCUUCAGAGCGUCCCAUGUCACUCACGCACAAGGGCCAACCAGCCUUGCUUCUCUGCAGACUUUGCCUUCCAAUGUUGGAGGCUCUCAGCCAUCCCAUGGAGGGCACCCUGCCCUUCCCAAGGGGCUGUGUCUGAGGGACUGUCCCACUGCAAUACAGGCAGGGACAGGGCAGCCAGUGUCUUGAUGGGGUGGGGGUGACAUUCCUGCCCAAAUGCCUUCUUGGCUGGGAAAUCUGGGGGAGGGAAUUUGCUACCUGUGUUAGGAACUAGCUGAACUUACGUGUCUCCCCAAGCUGGAUUUCUUACUCCAAAUAUUCAAACCGUUGUAUAUUGUACUGGGAUUUUUACAUUGAAUUAUUGUAGAAAACAAAAAAUUUAAACCAAGUCUGUUAAAAAAUAAACAUUAAAAAUCUCUAUGAAAAAAAAAUAAA